AUGGUACUCGAGGAAAAAGAACAAGAGAUAUUGGAAAAGGGAGAGGAUGUAGUGUCGAUUCUAGACUAUCGUCUAACACAUCUCACCAAUCAACUGACAAUCGCGAUGGAAAAUGAACAUGGAGGUAUGGAGAACCCAUCAACUGUCUAUCUUAGGAUUAUCAAGGAAGAGCUAGAGUUGAUCAAUAUGACAAUGAUAGACGACAAGACAGACACUUCAUUUAUCAUCAAUGAUAUUCUCAAAGGUGCCAAUUUACACUAUCUAGUCGAAUCGAUUGUUACAUGGGGGUCGUUGGAGCAACUUGAGAGAUUAAGUCAAUUGUCUCGAAUUGACAAUGACGUGUUUAACGACUCGGAGAAAUCAAGAAUAUUGGUAGAGGCAAUGAAAAGAGGUGACAUUAAAAUAAUACAUCAUGUCAUGUCUCUAUUGUACAAACAUUUAUAUGUAGUCGAUAGUGAUCAAGUUGAUAGCAGCAGUAGUCGUAGUACACCAUCAUCAUCAAUUCUAGCACAAGCUACAAAGAUCUUGGUUGGGUAUGGGUUUGUAGGCAACUAUGGUCAAUUUGAUAUACCGAUGCUAGAGAUAUUAUCGCAUCACUUUGACGAAUACGAAUUGUCGAAUGCCAUCAAUUCAGCUAGUCAAGCCGAGAAUGUUGAAGCGUUGGAUUUCCUACUCACCAAAAUCAAGCCGUCUGCUCGUCAUUUGAUUCUCGAGUUGGACGAUGGACGUUGGAAACUAAUCGGACGUAUUCUCGAAAAGAUCGAUCCAGCCCUCCUCACAAUCAUCCGGAUCAGAGAUCAAUACCUAACCAUUCACAAAGGAUCCAUUGAACUAUUCAAACUACUUCACCGAUACGAUAUUUAUGGCUACACCUCUAAAAGCAUCCCAGAAGAGAAACUAAAAUCAGCAAAUUAUGGGCAUUUAGAGUAUUGUACAUUUUUAGAUCAAUUAUUGGAAUCUGAACGAUCGCUACAACAACAGUCAUUGUCAUCAUUAUCAUUGACAGAACCAAUUCAACAAAUACAACAACCUUUACAACAACCAGAUGAACAUCAUCAUCAUAUUCAACAUUUACAAAAAUAUGGGUUCAUACGUUAUGGACAUUUAGACAUUUUACAAUAUUAUAUUCAACAUCCUCCUACAACUAAUUCAACGACUACAACAACAACAACAACUACAACUAUGACAACCAACACGGAUCAUUCCAACAAUAAUUUAUUUGAUUUUAAAUUUGCAGUUUUAAAAGCAUUAGAAACAGGACAAAGUAGUUUGAUAGAGGCAACAAACAAUCAACAAUUAUUGGAUACACUAGACACGACUAUAUUUAUUCAAAACGAACAACAAGAAAAGGAAAAGAUGGAUGAAUCUGUCUUGGACCAAAUCGAAUCUGCAUUUACAUCUAAUUGA